UCGCUGUGCGAUAUGACCGCCGCACUCCCAACUUUACUGUUCAGAAGGUUGAUACGGUGUUCAGCAGUUGUUGUUAUUACCCUAGCAUCCUUUGCAACGAAUGAACAACGCCAAGACUGGCUAAACUGUUAGUUCAACGAAGUCUCACAGUUUCGUACGUCCACCAUGACGGACGAACAAGAGAUAAUGUGCAAGCUUGAAAACAUCAAAGAAAUAAGGAAUAAGACAAUUCAGAUGGAAAAGAUCAAAUCUCGGCUGAGGAGUGAGUUUGAAGCUCUGGAGUCAGAGGAGAAGCACCUGAGAGAGUACAAACAGGAAAUGGAUCUUCUGCUGCAAGAGAAAAUGGCUCACGUAGAAGAGCUGCGUCUCAUACAUGCUGAUAUUAAUGUGAUGGAAAACACUAUCAAACAGUCUGAAAGUGACUUGAACAAACUGCUGGAGUCAACCAGACGUCUCCACGAUGAAUACAAGCCACUGAAAGAACACGUGGAUGCCCUGAGGAUGACCCUGGGCUUACAGAGACUCCCCGACCUCAGCCAGGAAGAGGAGAAGCUCUCAUUGGACUACUUCGAAAAGCAAAAGGCUGAGUGGCAGACAGAACCACAGGAGCCUCCUAUCCCAGAAUCCUUAGCGGCGGCGGCGGCUGCAGCCCAGCAGCUUCAAGCUGCACGGAAACAGGAUGCCAGACAGACAGCGACAUUCCGCCAGCAGCCACCUCCUAUGAAGGCUUGUCUGUCCUGCCACCAGCAAAUCCAUCGGAACGCACCGAUCUGUCCUCUCUGCAAAGCCAAAAGCCGCUCACGCAACCCUAAAAAACCCAAGAGAAAACCCGACGAGUAACAUGCGCAGCUACCAAUAACCUCAGAGAAAGCCCGACUAACACACAUAACCCCAACAGAAAACAAUUUACUUACAUAAACGCGUUCACUUGCGCUCUCAUGCAUGCACAUUUCCACACAUACACACACUCACUGCACAUCUGUACACCUGAAGGUAUAUAGUCCUGAAGGAACGGAGCAUCUGCAGCCUGAUACCCUGACCUCUUAUAGUGAUCCUGUAGUUAACCCGUCUUCCUGCUUCAGUGGACAUGAGGUCUCAGUUUUUCAUUUCUUUUUUCUAUAAGUGAAACCUCGAUAUUGUGUUUGUACCGUGUCUGUAUUUAGUCCGUAGUGGAUAUGGAUGCUGGUUUAGAAAUAUCGAAGCGUCCUGUUCUGUGUGGGGUUUAAUUCUAGUGCAUUAGUUCCAAAGUAAAUUCUCUAAAGUGGCUUUAGUGAACAGAGCCGUUCGGACGGUAAUCAGUUAACACUUCAACCGAUAUUUAGUCAUUUGAAAGAAUUAAUAACGGUAUGAUUUUGCCUAUGUCUUUUAAUGUUUUUUCCCUCACGCUAACAGUGUUUUUCUUGUAUUAUGUAACCAUGGUCUAUCCCAGACCAUGUCAGUGUUCUAGAAUGUCUUGAGGGCCGUUCACACAAGAUGUAGAUGAAGAGCAUUGAAAUGGAUAAGAACGAGUUUUUAACUUGAAGCGUCUUUAAGAAUGCGGUGCUAAUGGCAGGAGACGCUGGAAAAAGGCAAACACUCCGCUUACAAAGACCAACGAUUAAUGCAGACUGAAUGCAAAAGCAUGUGUGAACAGCCCUUUAGAAGUAGAGUAAUUAUGGAAGUUGAAUGAGAAUUCUAAACCUCGAGUUCUUAUAGAUCUAUCAUUCAAUUUGAGCGAAUGAGCUGUUAUUUGUGUUUUGGAAUUUGACCCGAGGGGCAUUAAGAGCGUGUUAUAAUCUUCAGUAUUGAAUCGUUGUGUUUGUGUUCAUCUUUUCUGAGAGUCAGUUUUUUAAUAAUUAAAACCUGUGAACUAAUAAACUUGUGUAACUUUUGUCGAAAUGAAAUUGUAGAAUAAUACAGUGUUAUCUGAUGGAUUCGCUUUCUCUCUGUCGCUCUGUCUGGUAUUGGCUUGAUAUGUAUCUGGAAUUUGACCUUUCACCCAUGACCCCUAACAAGCAAUAAUCAUUCUUUUUUUCUU